UUUUAAAAUAUUUAUUUUAACGAAAAUUUAUGAAAAAAUUAUAAGAACAAGAAAUUUAAAUCAAUAAACGUUUCUUCUAUUCUUUUUUAAUAAACCCACCAAAUAAAUAUAUAUAUAUAUAUAUAUUUAUUAUUAUUUUCUAAAGAAAAGCUUAAACCCUAUCUCGCGUCUUGUUUCUCUCUCUCCCUCUUCCACCUUUGUUACUCGCCGGAACGCCCCCACCUCUUAUCUGUUGCAUCCUAACGCUCUCUUUUGCCGCCGUCCCUUCAACUCUUGUUCACUCGCCAUUUAGGGAAAUGAAACUACAACUAAAAAGACUGAAGGCUUGGCUUUAGGGAGAAGUUCUCGUUUUCUCUGGGGCUGGCAAAGUUCUUACUAUUUCUGGUGUUAUUUUGAAGUUACAGUGAACUAUGCGUUGAUGUUUGGUGGGGAGGACAAUAUUCUGUUUAUUCUUGGAGUUUUAUGGAGAUUUUAUUUUCAGGUGUAGAAUUAAAAAGAGAUUUGAUUUACGUGAGAACUCCAUGUUGAGUGGGUAUAAGAAGAGAAUGCUAAAACACAUAUAGGCCAUUGACCCAUAUUUGGUGUGUUAACCUCACGCGUAUUUUUCUCCCAAAGCUAGCUGUUCAGAUGAAGUUUUCUUUCAAGAGUUAAAGAAGGUGGAGGCUUGUUGAGUUAGUGGGUUGAGCGUAAGAUGUCAGCCUCAGAUUUUCUUAAAGUGGAAAUCUUUGAGGAGCUCAAAGCUUGAUACUCGGAGCUCUUCCUAAUUUGAUUGCAAGAAGGAUGGCAUGGAGGAAUAUUAUUUCCAACCAUAGGUCUAUACUGCAACCAUACUCAGCUUCUUUAUUUGCUAGAUUCUUUUCUAAAUCUAGCCCAUAUAUCGUGAAGGUCGGGAUACCAGAGUUUUUAAAUGGUAUUGGGCAUGGAGUUGAAUCACAUGUGGCUAAACUUGAAUCAGAGAUCGGCGACUUCCAGAAGCUGCUUGUUACUCGCACACUUAAGCUGAAAAAACUUGGAAUUCCAUGCAAACAUAGGAAGCUGAUAUUGAAGUACACCCACAAGUACAGACUUGGACUAUGGAGGCCUCGAUUUGAUUCCUUGAAGUCCUGAUGGUUUUAACUAUGUUUACUAGGCGAUGGAAUCGUUUUUCUUUAGAAAUAACUAUGCGAUGGAGUCGUUUGGUGAUCUUCAGUUUGUAAGACUUCGAGGGACAGUAUUUCAUUUACUAAAUCUAAAGCGUAUCUUUAUUUUUUUGGCUUUUGAA